AUGGAUCAAGUGCCCUCUCUCGCGGAUCCUUACAGCUAUCUCGGUAUCCAACAGAAUGGUAUUCAGCUCAGCAGUGACCGCCUUUUCAUGAACGAUGGAUCUACACAUAUGUACCAUUUUCGACCGGAACGGCCAGAAGGGUCUUUUUUCUACAGCGAGGCCUGGACCAGACGACAAAUUUCGAACAAGCAGAAUAAUGCUUACUCGCAAAAAAACACCAAGGGAAAGAAGAAGGAUCCUCCUUCUGAGGGUGGUCACGGUACAAAGAGCGGCUCGUCCAAGGGUAGCUCGUCCAAGGGAAGUUCGUCGAAAAGCAGUGCCUCAAAGACCGGCUCGUCCAAGCGCCGUACAAGCAAGGCUGGUCAUUUCAGGCCGCCUAAUAAUGACGACUAUGGCCCUGCGGCGGCCGCAGCCCCUGCUCGCAACAUGAGUCGCCUCGACAAACAGCUUGGGAACUCGAUAUUCUCCGCGCCACGACUGGGCAUACAUGACCAACAAGCUGCAAAUGCAAUGCACGGGCCGAGCAUAGACCGAUUUGAGGUCAGCACAUAUGUCACCGGACCUUUGUUCGAUGUUGCGAGACUCUGUCUUCUUAUUCUUGUUCUUUCUUAG